AUGUCAAUUACAAAAGUAGACAGUUUAUUAAAACCUAGAACAAUGAAAUCAACCUUCAAUAAUAACAAUGUAGAUGAUGACGAUCUUUAUUCUGGAUACGAUUCUAUGCCACCUGAAUAUAAUGUUAAUGAUUUAAUUGAAGAUGAAGAAUUUCAAGAAGCCUUAAAAUCUGUAACAUGGGGCAAAAGGUCGGCCACACCAAAACCACCAGGAACAGCAUCUUGGAGAAUCGGAACCUCCAUGUCUCGGCUCGGUACUGGAUUCGAUUCGAGGCCAAAAACAGGCCGUUUGAAUGUUAAUUCGGCAAUACGUCCAGCCACAGCAAUUAAAGGAGCAGGAUAUUCGUCCAAUACCGAUAUACACGAUGCAUACAACAGAAAUCCUAAAGCAUUGGGAAUAUUAUCAGAGACUCCAAAAGAAGAAACGCCAAUGAUGAAGUUUAAAAACAUGGAACGCAAAAUAGUAAAAUUAUUAGAAGAAUGUUAUGUUACCUGUGCUAAAUCCAAAGGGUCCACUAGAACUAGAGGAAAAUCUUCACCAGAUAUUCCUGACUACUCUGUAACUCUUGCAAAAGCUAAAGAAGCAUCUACCUUAGAAAGAGCACUUAUAAGAAUGCAAGAAGAGGUUGGACAUAAAGAACACAAUUUUGAUUUAACAUAUUCGGUUCUUUAUAAUAUGGCUAUGCAAUAUACCUACAAUGAAAUGUAUGAAGAAGCCUUAAACGCGUACACUCUUAUGACCAAAAAUAAACUUUUUGCUAAUGCAAAUAGAUUAAAAUUAAAUAUUGGAAAUAUUUAUUACAAAUUGGGUCAAUACAAAAAAGCUAUUAAAUUAUACCACAUGGCACUUGAUCAAGUGCCUAAUGCUCAGAAGGAGUUAAGAUUGAAGAUAAUGCAUAAUUUAGCUGCUACUUUUGUAACUAUUGGGCAGUAUCAAGACGCUGCUACUAAUUUUGAAUAUAUCAUGGCAGAUAAAGGUGAUAUUAAGUCUGGUCUACGUUUAGUUCUUUGCUAUUACGCUUUGGAUGAUGUGCCUAAAAUGAAAAUAGCAUUUAAAAAAUUACUCAAUGUAGAUUUGGAUCUUCUGGAUACAGAUAGUUAUAUUGAUCCAAUAGUUGAUCCUGAUUUAACAAUACUCAAAGACGUUAUUUUGUCCGAUGAAAUGAGUCAAAUGGAGCAAAAACUGAAAAACGAAGCAGAGCAGUGUAUAUUAUUAGCUGCAAAAGUUAUAGCACCAGUAAUUGAAGAAUCUUAUAUAGAUGGAUACAACUGGUGCGUGGAUAGUCUCAAAGAAUCGUACUACGGAAUUUUAGCAAAUGAAUUGGAAAUGAAUAAUGCUAUAACAUUUUUAAAACGGAAUGAUAUUCCUCACGCUAUAGAAACUUUGAAGUUGUUUGAGAAGAAAGAAGAUAAAAUAGCUUACAUAGCUUCUGUGAAUUUAUCAUUUAUUUACUUCUUGCAAGGAAACCACGAUUUAGCGAUCAAAUAUACUACUCAAGCAAAAAAGUUAGAUUCAUACAGCGCCGCCGCCUACGUGAACCACGGGGCUUUGCAGUUUGCUCAAGGAAAUUUAUCCGAAGCUAAAGAUGAAUUUCAAGCUGCUUUAUCAAAUGAUGCUGGUUGCAUCGAAGCAAUUUAUAAUUUAGGUUUGUUACUAAAACAUGAAAAACAGUACGAUGCAGCAUUAGAUUGUUUUCGAAGAUUAGAAAUUCUGUACGGGUCUGACGCAGUGGCACCGCUUCUGUUCCAAUUGGGGCACUUGUACGAGUUAAAAAAUGAUCCGGACGCAGCAAACGAAUGUUUCAUGCAGGUAAUCGGAUUGGAUGCAACAGAUCCUAGUGUAUUAAAACACAUGGGCGAAAUGUUUGCACGUGAUAAUGAUAAACAACAGGCUUAUAACUACAUGUCCGAUUCUUAUAGGUUUUAUGCCGGUAAUUUAGACGUAGUAAAUUGGUUAGGUACUUACCACAUAGAAGAGCAACAAGCAGAAAGGGCCCAUUUUUACUUCGAGAGAGCUGCGAUGUCAUCACCAAAUGUUCCCAAAUGGUAUCUUUUAUCAGCAAGCUGUUAUAAGAAAACAGGAAACUUUCAACAGGCACUCACUUUGUAUACAGAAUUACAUCAAAAAUUUCCUGAAAAUAUUGAAUGUUUAAAACAUUUAAUAGAAAUGUGCGCUAGCCAAGGAUUGAAGGAAGCCGAAUUUUAUAGCGCAGAAUUGAAACGUGUCGAAAAAUCAAAGGAAGCUAGAGAGCGUAUAGGUAGUGCAAGACCGGGAUCUAGACGUCAAGCACUAAUAAAUUCUGGACAUAGUUUAUCAAUAGAAAGUUCUCGAUAUUCUGGCGAUAUGUCAAGUCGGAGUAGUAAAAUGCAAUACAAUAUUCAUACUAUUGAAAAACCGAAAAAUACAUUAUUUGAAAAUAAAGAUAAAACGCCCAAUAAAUUAGUUUAUGAAGAUCCUCUAGGAUCACCUCCUAGUAGACCGAGAACAGUGAUGAAAUUUGGCAUCGAAGACACAUUUAAAAAUCAAGAUAUCAGCGACGAUCUUUUGCCUACAUAA